AAAUUCACUGCGACAAAAUUGUUGUUUUCAAGAUUGAUAAUAAAACGUCAACCGUUUAAAAAUUCCUUGUUUAUGGGGUUGAUAGGUGGAUGAUUAUCUUGGAAAGUUAUACGCAGUUAAUCAACGUAAAUCAAUAACGCGAUUGUACAGUUUUACAGAGUCGAAGCUACGUCUUAACCUCUAAAAUUGUGGAAACUGCGGAUUGCAAGUGAAUACGCAACAGAGAUACUCGGAUUGUUCAAGAAGAACGGGCAGCAAUGACGACACUUAUACAUGACGAUGAUAUUUAUUCUGGAUACAAUGACUAUCCCUCGUUAUUCAGCACUAAGGAUUUGGAUCAGGACGAAUUGUAUCAAGAAGCGAUCAAAGCCAGCUACGCAAAACGGCCCAUUAUGACACCAAAAAAACCUGGUACUGCUAUGCGACUUGGAACUUCGAGCGGAUUUCACAGAAAUGGAACUGGAAUGAUCGGCCGGCCAGGUACAGGUCCGAGACCAAUGACUGCGGUGCGUGGGGCUGGCUAUACCAGCAGUAGUAGGCAACCUUUUGAUCCAUUGAAUAUGAACAGUAGUUCAAGAGGCCCUGCACCACCGUUAGAAACUGGUAAAGAGGAUACACCUGAAGAAAAGAUAAAGAUCGCAGAACAGAGAAUAAUGGAAUUGAUAGAGACUUCUGUGCAGGCCAUUUGUGAGAAUAACCCUCGUGUUGCCCUUGAGAGAGCGAGAGAAGCUUCGUCUAGGGAACGAGCUCUUAUACGUUUACAAGAACAAGCCGGGCUCAGUGACAAUCAUAACGUUGAUCUAACAUUCGCUGUACUUUUCAACUUGGCUAGCCAGUAUGCUAAUAAUGAAAUGUACACAGAAGCCUUAGCCACAUACCAAGCAAUUACUAGGAACAGAAUGUUCAACAAUAGUGCGAGAUUGAAAGUAAACAUGGGCAACAUUCAUGUCAAGAUGGGGCAGCUGCCCCAAGCAAUAAAAAUGUAUCGUAUGGCUCUGGAUCAAGCUCCUACAGCUCAGAAGGAUCUCAGAAUAAAAAUAAUGCAUAACAUAGGAAUGCUGUUUGUGCAAAUGGGUCGCUUAGAAGAGGCUGCAAACAGCUUUGAAUGGGUGAUGCGAGAGAGGGCUGAAUUCAAAGCAGGGUUGCAUGCCGUACUUUGUCAUUUUGCAUUGUCUCAUCGAGACAAAAUGAAACGAGGUUUUUUAGAAUUGUUAGAAGUGCAGCUUAACAUUGAUCAGGAGGACAAGUAUAACAUUAACACUGAAGAUGUCAUGGCAAAUAUAUUGAAUGAAGUGAUUAAAAAUGACGAGCUAUCAAAGCUGGAAAAAGAGAUGAAACAAGAAGCAGAGAAAACUAUUCUUACUGCCGCAAAAUUAAUCGCGCCUGUUAUUGAAGAUACUCUGUCAGCUGGAUUUGCUUGGUGCGUUGACAUGAUAAAAUCGUCUGCAUAUGGACCACUGGCAGCUGAUCUUGAAAUCAACAAAGCUAUGGUAUUUCUACAUAACAGAGAAACGCAGCUUGCCAUAGACACUUUGAAAGUCUUUGAGAAUCGUGAAACCAGUGCAAACAGUGCAGCAUCUACCAUGCUAUCAUUCAUUUACUUUCUGCAAGGUGAAUACGACCAGGCCGAAAGAUGUGCAGAAACUGCUCGUCAGGCAGACAGUUACAACGCAGCAGCAUAUGUAAAUUUAUCAGCGUGUGCGAUCAAGAAGGGAGAGUUGGAGAGGGCAAGAGAAUAUUUACUGUGCGCUUUAGACAGCGAUGCAAGCCACGUUCAAGCUCUUUAUAAUCUUGGAUUAGUUUAUAAAAAGCUUCACGCCUAUGAGGAAGCCGUGGAGUGUUUCUGGAAAUUGCGGAAUAUUAUUCGGUAUGACCCCCAGACGUUAUAUCAGCUUGGACACCUCUAUCAGCUCAUAAAUGACACCGAUCAAGCGGCGGAAUGGUACAACCAGCUGCUUGGCAUAAUCCCAUCUGACCCUGGUGUUUUACAAAAGCUAGGGGAGAUGUAUGAUACGUUGGGAGACAAACAGCAAGCCUAUCAGUUUUACAGUGAUUCUUAUAGAUAUUAUCCAGCAAACUUUGAGGUGAUCGAUUGGCUGGGUUCCUACUUUAUAUCGAUGCAGGUGGCAGAAAAAGCGCUAAUAUACUUCGAACGAGCCGUUGAAUUGGCACCUGAUCAACCAAGAUGGCGGCUACUUGCUGCGGCAUGUUUAAGAAGAACCGGCCAGUUUCACAAAGCUCUUACAGAAUAUCAAGACAUCCAUAAGAAAUUUCCUGAAAAUAUCGAGUGUCUUAAGUUCUUAGUUCGACUGUGCAGUGAUUUGGGUCUGAAAGAAGCACAGCUCUAUGCGGCUGAGCUUAAAAAAGCUGAAAAGGCUAAAGAGCUGAAGGAAAGACAGGGUUCAGGUCGCCCUGGAACUACAGGCUCACGGCGAAGUAACAGUGGCACUUCUUCACGAGCUGGUUCUGGGCUCAGCAUCAGGUCGGAGCAUCAAACCAGCCCUACAUCAGGGAGGAACGAUCAGCAAGGAUUGUACAACGGAGGUGCGGUUAGGGCGAAUCGUUUGGCCAUGCUUGAAAGUCCGCUGGAAUUCACACCUGAGACAAAUACGCAUAUCAAUACUUCUUAUUCGGAUCCUGUCGGUCCUCUGCCUAUGCGCCCCAUGACUUCUGCAGGGAAGAAAGACGAGGACUUUGGCGACGAAGAACUCGGAGAUGAUCUUCUACCCGAAUUUGGUCGAAGAGAGAAACCAACAUGGUGGUACCGACAGAACGAGCUCUUCACGAAGCUAUUCAAGUUGCACCUCUUCUUCUCACGGAUGAUGUCAGAAGACAAAAGAUCGAAAAUCGGCUCGCCCAGAUGAGAUUUUCGGCGGCUACAGCGCGGAAGAUUCAGGCCGUGUUUUUGUCCGAGGUUGAAAAUGGAAUACGUCAACGACCCUCGUCGCUGCAAAUGGAGAACACAUACAUCCCUGAGCUGCCCGAUGG